AUGAGUUUCAUGAAUUAAAAUAUUAUUGAUAAGAUCAACUCUUUUGGUUAAACAUUGUGUAUUCAACCAAUUAAUAAUGAAAUGAUAUCCUUAAGUCAACUAAAGGCUAAGAAUUUUUUAGUUACGACUGCUUCCAAACAUUAUAAGGUACCUGAAAUAGAGGAACCUAAACCAAAAAAAAAAUAUUAGAAUUUAGCCAAAAUCUAAUUCAAGUUCUAAAUAGAAGAUGAAGAUUAUCAUUCUGUUCUGAAAGAGAUUGUUUAGAUGUAGAAAAAUAAAUUUCCAUUAAUGCCUUUACAUUUGCAUUACAAACCAAGUAAAGUAUAUAUUUUAUAUUAGACCCUUCAAUGUAAGGUUUAUCUAUAGGAAGAAUGACAAAUGAAUAAGAGAUGUAAAGACCUAUGACUUUGGAGGAAUGCAGAAAUACAAUUAAAACUUAGAAGAUGAGUAGAGAUACUCAUAGAGAUACAAGUCAACCUAUUUUAGAAGAAUUCAAUAAAUAAUUAUCUUAUACAAAGAUUAAAGAGAUAUAACCUACAAAAGUAUUUACUGAUAGAAGUAAAUCAAGUAAGUUACAUAUGGGAUCAACUUUUUAACCUUUUUAAAAUUAAACUUAAUAAUUUGAAGUGGUAUUUGAUAACAAUCUUCAAAGUUCUCAAUAAAAAAAGAGAAUAACAUAGAAAUAGUUUAAUCUUUAUAAGAAUAGGAAAAUAGCAACACCCAAUCUUGCCUUAUAAUUCAAAUAAAUAAAGGAAAAAGAAUAAGAGAAAGAGAAAAGACUUCUUUAAGAUAGGAGGAAAGAAUUUGAUAGAGAAUAUUUUGAAAAAUUACCUUGA